AUGGUUAAACAAGUUAUGAUUAAUAUGAACAAUGGUGAAAAUUUGUUAAAAGAUGUGGAAAAUGUAACACUGACCGAGAUGUCCAACAAUUGUAAAUUUAUUGUUUAUAAUGGUAAUCCAAUGGAUUUAAUGGCAAACCAAUGUAAAAUGGAUGACAAUAAAACGGACAAUAAAAGCAAUGAAAAAUGGAUGACAAUAAAAGAAGAUGCAAGUGAUAAUGAAAAAGUUAAUGAAGAUAAUGCAAGUGUUAAUGAAGAAUGUGUACACAGUGAUUCAGAUGACGAAUUUCUUGAAGGUGUACAAAAAAAAGAUAAAGAGUUGGCUCAUCAAUGUGAAAAGUUGUACGAUUAUUUAGAAGGAUUACGUAAUGAAUAUUGUAUGGAUGAUAUUCAAGAAUUCAAAUCUGCAGUUUGUGUUAAUUUGAAUAACGAUAAACAUAAUUAUGCAUAUGAUAAAAGUAUUAUCAAUUUUUAUUUGAAAGUAUGUUCAAAAUUGAUUAUCAAAUGUAAUAAAUCUAUUGAUCGUUUACAAGAACAAAUAAAAAAAGAAAAAGAAUAUCAAGAAGAAAGAAAUGAUACAAAACUAAUAAUGUCUGAUCUUAUUUGUGAACCAUCGGAUCAAAAAAAACAAAAGUUAGAAGAAGAUGAAGUUCAAUUAGAACCGGAAUUACUCAAAGAAAUUCAAACUUUACAGCAAUUGGCUGAUAUUGAUGAUGUUGACGUAAUAAUGUUAUUGAAAUCAUCGACAGAUUAUGAUGGUUUAAUAAAAAAUAUUGAAAUGAAUUUUUCUACUGCAAGAUUACAUCUUGAAAUGAAAGAGUUAGGAGAUAUUUAUUAUUCGAAAAAAAAGUUACUUGUUGAAGAAAAAUUAAAACACACUUUAGCAUAUAAUAGAUACCGUGUUAUUUGUAAAUUAUAUAAAAUGCUGAGUAAAUUUGAUAAACAAGUUCGAUAUUUAAAUGACGAUUAUAUGAGUGAUAUACAAUAUUUAGGGAUUAUAAUGAAUAGUAAAGAAAAACAUGACAAAGAUUUUCGAAUGACGUAUGAUGAGCAUACUGACGAAUCAGUAAUAAAUUUAGAACAUCAAAAAGCAUACAAAAGUUUAAAAGAAAUUCUUUUAAAAGAAAUUCUUUUAGAAGAUGUGGAAAUCAAAUAUUUACGUGAAAAAUUUCGUUAUCAAACUAUAGCUAAUUAUUUUGUUACUAGUUUGAAGGAAGUAUAUUGGACAGCACAAUCUUUAUCUAGAGAGAAACAAAUGGAUGCCAUUUCUCUUCGUAAAAUACAAUUUGUAUCUAUGGAAUACAUGUUGCACGAAUUACACAAAAAAAUGGAUUGCGAAUUUAAAGAUGAAUAUAAUUGGGGUUCAUUGGUAUCAAAAAAUAAAAGACAAGUACCAAUUGAAAUAGCUAAUAGCAGGAAAUGGUAUUAUGAUAAACGAAAGUUAACUGUAUUAAAACUCAAUGACGUUAUGAAAACUUUUAGCGAACGACAAUGGGUUGAAUCUACAUCUACAAUCUGUAUGAUGAAAUUUACUUUAUCAGAUUUGUAUGAUAAAGCUUUAGCAUAUAAAGAAAUUUGUGGAAAAUGUAAAAUUAUUAAAAAUGAUGAACAACUUGAAAAACUUAAUGUUCCAAUCCCAAAAGAUUCUAAAUUAAAUAUAAAAAAAUAUAAAAUAUGGAUAUACGAAGAAAAUAUCAACAACAAGAUUCAUUAA